AUGGAUGGGCAUGAAUCCGGCGGCAGCAUACCCUUUGUACCCUCGUCAAUUCACGCCUCUACCCUUAUAGCUGGAGAUUCCUAUGCACAUUACUCCCCAUGUCCACCGGCCAUAACCCCAUCCACAUCCUUAACAUCCUCAAAUGGCUCAAAUGAACCAACCCCAUGCGUCCUUGGUGUUGACGAAGCUGGGAGGGGCCCCGUUCUGGGUCCAAUGGUUUACAGCGCAUUCUACCUUCCCCUACCACUCCACCACUCCCUCCUAGCGGAAGAGUAUCACUUCGAUGAUAGCAAAGUCCUAACUCCUGCAGUCCGAUCAAGCCUUAUGCGCCAGCUCUCUACGCCUGACAAUUCUCUAAGCUCAUCAUGCGGCUGGGGGGUGAAGGUGAUGUCUGCUCGAGACAUAGCUGCGGGAAUGCUUCGACCGGGCACAAGAAAUUAUAAUCUGAACGCACAAGCCAUGGAUGCGACAACAGAGCUCAUCCGCUGCAUUGUCCAGGAGAGGGGAAUUAAUGUGAAAGAGGUUUAUAUCGAUACUAUCGGGAAUCCAGAAGCAUACCAGAGGAAACUGGAACAGAUAUUCCCUUCUCUGAAGAUUACGGUGGCCAAAAAGGCAGAUUCGCUUUAUCCCUCUGUCAGUGCAGCAAGCGUCUGUGCAAAAGUUACGAGAGACGUGGCGUUGGAGAUAUGUUAUAGGUCUAUGAUGGAGCAUUGCAAUGCUAUGGAGCCAGAGAGUAGCGGUGAAGGCUGGGGUAGCGGCUAUCCUUCCGACUCUAAAUGUGUUGGGUGGCUCAAAAAUGAUAUGGACAAACUAUUCGGAUGGGGGCACGAAUGUCGGUUUAGCUGGGGGACUGCGAGGGAACUACUGGAAUCGAAAACAAGUAUCAAAGUGGACUGGCCUGUUGAGGAAGAUGACGAGACGCAACGGUUAACUGAUUUCUUCUCGUUUUCGGUAACUGGUACCAAUAAUGAGGAAAAUGACGAAUUACGAGAUUGGUACGGCCAGAAGCCUCAGGAAAUAUUUUGA